AAAAUAAAUUGGUUCACCAACCCCUCCCUAAUAUAACUCAAAGUCUCGACCACAUCUAUCUAGAAUUCUAGAAGUGAAUUCGAUUUAUACGUACUUUUUCCCCUUUUUACUAAUAGUUUGCUGACCAAUCCGAUGUCGUGGUUCCUUAUAGCGGCGGCGACACUUGCCGCCGUCGUCUCUUACAAGCUGAUUCAACGGCUAAGAUUCAAGUUCCCACCAGGCCCACGUCCCAAGCCUAUCGUCGGUAACCUCAACGACAUAAAACCGGUCCGGUUCAGAUGCUACUAUGAGUGGGCUCAAACCUAUGGACCAAUCAUAUCGGUCUGGAUUGGUUCUAUCUUAAACGUGGUCGUAUCUAGCGCCGAGCUAGCUAAAGAAGUCCUCAAAGAACACGACCAGAAACUUGCCGACAGGCACCGGAACAGAUCGACAGAAGCAUUCAGCCGCAACGGUCAGGAUCUUAUAUGGGCUGAUUAUGGGCCACACUACGUGAAGGUGAGAAAAGUUUGCACGCUUGAGCUUUUCACACCUAAACGACUCGAAUCUCUUAGACCUAUACGUGAAGAUGAAGUCACUGCCAUGGUUGAGUCCGUCUUCAGAGACUGUAACGUUCAUGAAAAUAAAACAAAAGGAUUACAACUGAGGAAGUACUUAGGAGCGGUUGCGUUCAACAACAUAACGCGGCUAGCGUUCGGGAAGCGUUUUGUGAACGCGGAAGGUGUGAUGGACGAGCAAGGGCUUGAGCUCAAGGCCAUAUCAUCCAACGGUCUGAAGCUAGGUGCUUCACUGUCGAUAGCUGAACACAUCCCCUGGCUCCGGUGGAUGUUUCCCGCGGAUGAGAAGGCGUUUGCUAAGCACGUAACUCGUAGGGACCUCCUCACACGAGCUAUCAUGGAGGAGCACACUUUGGCACGUCAAAAGUCUAGUGAAGCCAAACAGCAUUUCGUUGAUGCGUUGCUUACAUUGAAGGAUCAGUAUGAUCUUAGUGAAGACACCAUCAUUGGUCUCCUAUGGGAUAUGAUCACGGCGGGGAUGGACACAACAGCUAUAACAGCGGAAUGGGGCAUGGCGGAGAUGAUCAAGAAUCCAAGAGUACAACAAAAAGUACAAGAAGAAUUCGACCGUGUUAUCGGACGUGACCGGGUCCUAACCGAGCCAGACUUCUCACGCUUACCCUACUUGCAAUGCGUGGUUAAAGAAUCAUUCAGACUCCACCCUCCAACGCCUCUAAUGCUUCCUCACAGAUCCAACGCAGACGUCAAGAUAGGAGGCUACCACAUUCCCAAAGGAUCAAACGUCCAUGUGAACGUUUGGGCGGUGGCUAGAGACCCGACCGUGUGGAAAAGCCCAUUAGAGUUUAGACCAGAGAGGUUCUUGGAGGAAGAUGUUGACAUGAAAGGUCAUGACUUUAGGCUGCUUCCCUUUGGAGCAGGAAGAAGGGUCUGUCCCGGUGCACAACUUGGUAUCAAUCUGGUGACGUCGAUGAUGAGUCAUUUGCUUCACCAUUUCGUUUGGACACCGCCUCAAGGCACUAAGCCAGAGGAGAUUGACAUGUCUGAAAACCCUGGACUCGUUACUUACAUGCGUGUUCCUGUUCAAGCCGUUGCAACGCCUAGGUUGCCUUCUGAACUUUAUAAACGCGUGCCUUUCGAUAUGUAACCGUCUCUCUGAUCCACAUCCUGCUGCUGCUAGUGAUGCCGAUGGCCUUGUUGUUUUCUUUGUAUGCAUGUCUCACUUUUGUGGUUUAUCAUUGAAAGCUUUUUGAUGAGAUUAGUUGUGUCACUUGUAUCAAAAAUAAGCAAAAGAAACCAGCUUCUUUCUCA